AGUGAAGAGGUGUACUGUGUCCCUUUUCUGCUCCAUCUAAACUGGCUUUGGGAAUGCCAGGAGUAAACAAAAGGGGCAGGGGACUCAGUCCACCUUCCCCUCCCCAAGAGAAGCUUGGGAGAGGAGGGACAGAACAGAGAACAAGAGGGAGAGAGGAAGCAAGUAACCAGAACAGGAGGAGGGGUCAGGGUCAGGGUCAGGGUCAGGGUCUGUGCCGGUCAGAGCUGGAGAAGUCUGUGGAGCCAACAGGGCUCCAGCGUGCAGCGGGAGGGAAGGCUCCAGGACUCUGUUCCCUCUGUUUAAAGUCUCCAGAUCCGGAGCGGAGCAGCCCCCCCAUGCUAUCUGCGGACGAUGCCGAGUACCCGCGGGAGUACCGGACCCUGGGGGGCGGGGGCGGCGCGGGCGGCGGGGGCCGGCGCUUCUCCAACGUGGGGCUGGUGCACACGUCGGAACGGAGGCACACGGUGAUCGCCGCCCAGAGCCUGGAGGCGCUCAGUGGGCUCCAGAAGGCCGAUGCCGACCGCAAGCGCGAUGCGUUCAUGGACCACCUCAAGAACAAGUACCCCCAGCACGCCUUGGCCCUGCGCGGUCAGCAGGACAGGAUGCGAGAGCAGGUUGGCGGCUGGACCGUGGACCCCGUGUGCCUCCUCAGCUCCCUCUGCUCCCACCUCCAUGGCGACUCCGCCCCCUCCGGGGCUGGCCAGCCGGCCCAGCAGCCAAACUACUGGAGUUUCAAGACCCGCAGCUCACGCCACACUCAGGGAGCCCAGCCCGGGCUGGCAGACCAGGCAGCCAAGCUGUCAUACGCCUCGGCUGAGUCGCUGGAGACCAUGUCCGAGGCGGAGCUGCCCCUGGGCUUCAGUAGGAUGAACCGCUUCCGACAGAGCCUGCCCCUCUCCCGCUCUGCCAGCCAGACCAAGCUGCGCUCACCAGGGGUGCUGUUUCUGCAGUUCGGGGAGGAGACUCGGCGCGUGCACAUCACGCACGAGGUCAGCAGCCUGGACACGCUGCACGCGCUCAUCGCGCACAUGUUCCCGCAGAAGCUCACCAUGGGCAUGCUUAAGUCGCCCAACACCGCCAUCCUCAUCAAAGACGAAGCUCGCAACGUCUUCUACGAGCUGGAGGACGUCCGGGACAUCCAGGACCGAAGUAUUAUCAAGAUCUAUAGGAAGGAGCCAUUAUACGCAGCUUUUCCUGGCUCACACCUUACCAACGGGGACCUCCGGAGGGAGAUGGUGUAUGCCUCGAGGGAGUCAUCGCCCACACGGCGUCUCAACAACCUGUCGCCGGCGCCGCACCUGGCGUCCAGCUCUCCGCCCCCGGGGCUGCCGUCCGGGCUGCCGUCCGGGCUGCCAUCGGGGCUGCCCUCGGGGCUGCAGUCGGGCUCGCCGUCGCGCUCGCGCCUCUCCUACGCCGGGGGGCGCCCGCCCUCCUACGCUGGUAGCCCGGUGCAUCACGCGGCCGAACGGCUCGGGGGCGCCCCCGCCGCCCAGGGCGUCAGUCCCAGCCCCAGCGCCAUCCUGGAGCGGCGCGACGUGAAGCCAGACGAGGACCUGGCGGGCAAGGCGGGCGGCAUGGUGCUGGUGAAGGGUGAGGGGCUCUACGCCGACCCCUACGGGCUGCUCCACGAGGGCCGCCUGAGCCUGGCCGCGGCAGCCGGCGACCCGUUCGCCUACCCGGGCGCCAGCGGCCUCUACAAGCGCGGCUCCGUGCGCUCGCUCAGCACCUAUUCGGCCGCCGCGCUGCAGUCCGACCUGGAGGACUCGCUGUACAAGGCGGCGGGCGGUGGCCCGCUCUACGGCGACGGCUAUGGCUUCCGCCUACCGCCCUCGUCGCCUCAGAAGCUGGCCGACGUGGCGGCGCCCCCCGGAGGCCCCCAGCCGCCGCACAGUCCCUACUCGGGGCCGCCCAGCCGCGGCUCGCCGGUGCGCCAGUCUUUCCGCAAAGACUCAGGUUCUUCGUCGGUCUUCGCGGAGAGCCCCGGAGGCAAGACCCGCAGCGCGGGGGGCUCCUCAACGGCCGGAGCCCCGCCUCCCGAGCUCUUCCCCGGGCCUGGGGAGCGCCCGCUGGUUGGAUUUGGGCCGCCGGUGCCAGCCAAGGACACGGAGACCAGAGAGCGCAUGGAGGCCAUGGAGAAGCAGAUUGCCAGCCUCACGGGCCUGGUACAGAGUGCCCUACUACGAGGCUCGGAGCCUGAGACCCCCAGCGAGAAGAUUGAAGGCUCCAAUGGAGCAGGAACCCCGUCAGCACCCUGUGGGUCAGGCAGCCGGAGCAGCGGGGCCACCCCAGUGUCUGGCCCUCCCCCGCCCUCGGCCAGCAGCACUCCUGCGGGGCAGCCCACUGCCAUCAGUCGUUUGCAAAUGCAGCUGCACCUGCGUGGCCUACAGAACAGCACCAGUGACCUGCGCAGCCAACUUCAGCAACUCCGAAAGCUCCAGCUACAGAACCUGGAGUCGUUGCGCGCGCUGCUGAAAGGCACAGAGGCAGAGCUGAGCAUGCGCGUGUCGGAGGCUGCGCGAAGGCAGGAGGACCCGCUGCAGCGGCAGCGCACCCUGGUGGAGGAGGAGCGGCUGCGCUAUCUCAACGACGAGGAGCUCAUUACCCAGCAGCUCAAUGACCUGGAGAAGUCGGUGGAGAAGAUCCAACGGGAUGUGUCCCACAACCACCGGCUGGUGCCUGGGCCGGAGCUGGAGGAGAAGGCGCUGGUGCUGAAGCAGCUCGGGGAGACCCUGACUGAGCUCAAGGCUCACUUCCCAGGCCUGCAGAGCAAGAUGCGGGUAGUGCUGCGUGUGGAGGUGGAGGCCGUGAAGUUCCUGAAGGAGGAGCCGCAGCGCCUAGACGGGCUACUCAAGCGCUGCCGUGGGGUCACAGACAUGCUGGCCCAGAUCCGAAGGCAAGUGGACGAGGGUGUGUGGCCACCCCCCAACAAUCUCCUGAAUCAGUCCCCCAAGAAGGUGACGGCCGAGACGGACUUCAACAAGAGCUUGGACUUCGAAAUGCCACCCCCCAGCCCUCCACUGAACCUCCAUGAGCUGAGCGGGCCUGCUGAGGGAGCCCCUCCUACUCCUAAGGGCAACCCUACCAAAGGCCUGGACGCUGCUGGCAAGAGAAGCGUGGACAAGGCUGUGUCUGUUGAGGCUGCCGAACGGGACUGGGAGGAGAAGCGGGCAGCCCUGACCCAGUACAGCGCCAAGGACAUCAACCGGCUGCUGGAGGAGACGCAGGCAGAGCUGCUGAAGGCCAUCCCUGACCUGGACUGUGCGAGCAAGGCCCACCCGGGCCUGGCCCCCACCCCUGACCACAAGCCCCCUAAGGCCCCCCACGGCCAGAAGGCAGCCCCCCGAACGGAGCCCAGUGGAAGGAGGGGCUCAGAUGAGCUGACGGUGCCUCGAUACCGCACAGAGAAGCCCUCCAAGUCGCCCCCGCCGCCCCCUCCCCGCCGGAGCUUCCCCUCCUCCCAUGGCCUGACCACCACGCGCACUGGGGAGGUUGUGGUCACCAGCAAGAAGGACUCGGCCUUCAUCAAGAAGGCCGAGUCCGAGGAACUGGAGGUGCAGAAGCCCCAAGUGAAGCUGCGCCGGACCGUGUCCGAGGUGGCCCGCCCGGCCUCCACACCACCCAUCAUGGCCUCUGCCAUCAAGGAUGAGGACGACGAGGACCGCAUCAUCGCCGAGCUAGAGGUGUUUGAGAGAAGCUCAGUGUCUUCCCUCCCCCCCACGCCCCGCCGCCAGCCGAUCCCCACCUUGCUGGCACCCCAGGACCUGGGGCCCCCUGGGGGCUCAGCCCAGGGCCCCACAUGGAAGGCUGCCCCAAGUCCCAGGGCUUUCUGCGUCCCCCAGAUCAUCUUGACGGAGUGUACCCCCAACGCUCCCUCCCCACCGGAGGCCAGACCUGAGGAACCCGGUCACAGGACAGCCCCCACCCCGCGACCCCGGACCCUGGCUGGCAGUGGGAGGGGCUGGGAUGGUGCACGGGCCCUGCCAGAGAUAGUGACCAAGGCUGCCCAGCCCAGGAGCAGCUUGGCGCCUGAGAAGGACGGGGCGGCUCAGAAGAGACUGGGGACGAGGAGCUGCAUCGCAGAGGAGGGAGGAGCCGGCGUCCCCUGUUCUUGGGGACCAGCCCCUGACGGGACUCUGGAGCCCUCCACUGCUGACAGCCACCCAGAGGAGACCCCCAAGGACACGGGACAGGAUGUCCAACCCAGCAGUGGGGAGCCCAGGGGCCAGCCCGCUGCCGGCCUGGGCUGCACAGUGAGAGGCGCCACCACCCAGCGGAUGGACAGCCUGGAGGAGACACUCCGGGAGCUGGAAGCCACUCUGAGCCAGAUGGGCGCAGCCCUCGCCAUGGGGCCCCCUGGCAGCCCCCCACCCCUGCCACCCGGUCCCCAGAGUGGUGGUGGCAGUGUGCCACCCAUGAAGGUGGUGACUCCAGGGGCCUCUCGGCUGAAGGCAGUCCAGGGCCAGGCAGGCAGCCCCGACAAAGGCAAGCAUGGCAAGCAGAGGGCCGAGUACAUGAGGAUCCAGGCCCAGCAGCAGGCCACUAAACCAUCUAAAGAGAUGAGCGGGUCGAAUGAGACCUCAAGCCCAGUCUCAGAAAAGCCCGCGGCUUCCAGAACCUCUAUCCCUGUAUUGACUUCCUUUGGGGCGAGGAAUUCUUCCAUCUCCUUCUAGAAGCCCCCUCCCACCUCCACCUCAGCCUGUCCCCCCUCCUCACCCCUGUCACUUCUCUCCCCGCUCACCUUCCUCUCAUCUCCACCCUACCCCCACCCCAUUCUCUGGACCCUCUGAAGGGUUUGCCGCGGGUGUGGCCCUCCUCCGCUCUCUGCACCCAUCCCCUUGUUGGUGUUUUUGGUUUUUUAAACGACUCACUUUUAAUUACCUUUUUUUUUUUUUUUUUUUUUUUAAGUAAAACAGUAAAACUAAAAACCAAAACACACCACCUUCCCUUGAUUUCCUGUUUCUGGCCUGCCUCCUGUCAUCCUUGCUCCAUUUUCUCUUUACCCACGCUUCCUCCCAAGUCCAUCCCCACGUUUCUGCACCCUACGCUCCCUUCCUGAGAGCACUCCAACCAAACUCUGAGCCACGGAGACUUGGAGCGGCGGGACACCCCUCUCCCCUUCCUCGGAAACCUCCCUGGAGGAAAACCUGGACGUUGGACCAACCCCCACUAUCAGGCCGGCAGCCAGGACGCAGGGAGACUCUAGCCCUGGAGGUGCCCCACCUGCCGGCCUCAACAGGACUGAACUCCACUCCGCUCCCUUCUGCUCCUGGAGUCAUGAUGGGUGGGGCAGGGGUGGAGGGGCCGGUAUGAGGCCUUUGAAUCUGCGUGUCCGUGUCUGUGGAGACGAGUUGGCUUCCUGGGACUCCCUUCUUGUUUGUGGUGAGGAGCCGCCUGGCCCGUGCCGAGCGAGGAGGGGGCCCUGCUGGACGGUUGGUUGUGGGUGGCGGGUUGAGCAGACAGCCUGACCCUCAGGGGGUCACUGCCUUGGAAGAGGGCAGCCCCGAGGAGGGGUAUUUGGUACUUUCAGUUUCCUAAUUUAGCACUUUAA